AUGGUUCUGGUGAUGCAGCAACUGCCUCUCAUGGGCCUGAUGCUGCUCCUGCUCUGCAGAGACCCAGGUGUGGGUGCUCAGCAUGCCCAAGGCUUCAGUCUGCACCAGCCCCAGGACAACGUGUCGGUGGCAGCAGGGGAGAUGCUCACCCUGAACUGCACCAUGUCUGGAAUGGCUGGACCAGGUCCUGUGAGGUGGCUGAAGGGCUGGGGCAGUGAGAGCAAGACCAUCUAUGACCAGAGAACGCCCUCAUCCUCUCCCCGUGUGAUCAGAGCCGUGAGUGGGUCCCAAACAGACCUCACCAUCCACAUCAGGAACGUUCAGCCUGAGGACAUGGGCACCUACUACUGUGUGAAGUUUACCAAGGGAAACAAGGGUGAGGAUGUGCUGUUUGCACAUGGCAAUGGCACAGAGGUGUCCGUGCAAGCCAAACCCAGCCCCCCGAUCGUGUCUGGGCCUGAGCAGAGAGAGAGGCUGGGAGAGUCGGUGCCUUUCACCUGCACCACUGGAGGGUUCUUUCCCAAAGAAAUUGGGGUGAAAUGGUUCAAGAACGGGAACCCCAUGACAGCUCUGCAGCCUCAGGUCACCGAAUGGUGGGACAAAACCUACAAUAUGUCCAGCACAGUGAGGGUGACCCUGCAGAAGGACGAUGUCCCCUCACAGGUCACCUGUGUGGUGCAGCACUCCACGCUGCCGGCCCCACUGCGUGGGAGCUUCCAGCUCAGCAGAGUCCUGCGAGUUCCCCCCAUUGUUGAGGUGCGUGCUGAGCCGAGUUCUGUUGAGGUGAACACGACCGUGACCUUCACCUGCCUCGUGAAGGAGUUUUACCCACCAAACAUGUCCAUUUCCUGGCUGGAGAAUGGGAAGGAGAUGAAGGUGAAGAACGUCUCCCGGCCGUCGGAGCUCUCCAGGGGCUUGUUCCAGCUGAGAAGCCAGGUGGAGGUGCAAGCGACGGAGGAGAAAAACGGGUCCCUGAUCACCUGUGAGGUGGUGCACGAUGGCCAGGCCCCUGUCAACUCCUCAGUUGUCCUGUGGAUCACCAGCGUGGCCCACGGUGAGUCCCAGAUGGAUAAGGGUGGGUCAGAGCUGCUGGCAUGGGGUGCCUGCCAGGGCAGCUGUGUGGUAUCACCCCCUGAGGAAGCUGCAGUCCCAGGAAAGGCUCCCUUGGCAAGGCGAGGGGUGGGAUACCUCUGCCUGAGCCCUGGCCACUCACAUCCUCUGUCCCCAUUGCAGGUGAGAACUUUCUGUCCAGCCUCAUCCUCCUGUGGAUUGGUAUCCUGCUGGAGAAGGCGCUCCUCGGUGGGGUCCUCUUCUUCCUCUUCAAGCGCAUGAAAAGCAAAGCACUGGAGAUGUUGCCUUUUCCCACUCCGCUUU